AUGGCGGCGUUCGACGGCGAGCGCGGCGAGUUUCGCUUCGCGUUCGGCGUCUCCGACGACGGCGCGAUCGAGCGCGCGCGCGGCGCGGCGACGGCGACGGCGACGGCGGCGGCGACGGCGACGCCCGCGGAGGAGAUCGUCGCGCGCGACGUCGCGCGACGCGCGCGCGACGAUCCCGCGACGUGGUCGGGGACGUACGAGACGCACGGCGACGUCGAGGUCGUGCGGAGCGCGCACGGGACGACGGCGUCGACGCUGGAGGGGUGUCCCGAGGACGCGGACGUCGUGCGGGGCGUGUACGAGGGCGGGCUCAAGGCGUGGGAGUGCGCGAGGGAUCUCGCGGCGCACGUCGGGACGGCGGCGUUCGACGUCGAUGGACUCGUGGACGCCGCGGGCGGGCGGGUGCGAGCGAUGGAGCUCGGGGCGGGGCAGGCGGGACCGGGACUGGCGGCGGCGCGAAGGCUGGGCGCGCGAUGCGAGACGCUGACGCUGACGGAUUAUAAUCGAGACGUCGUGGAGGAAGUCACGGCGCCGAACGCGCUGGCGACGUUCGCGCUGAUGGAGAGCGAGGGAGAGGCGACGCCGGGGAGAUUGCGGCUGUUGUGCGGAGAUUGGUCGGGGUACGACGCGUUCGUGGAGGCGGACGGAGUGGAUUUGUUGUUGACGAGCGAAUCGAUUUACGACGCGUCGCAGUACGGGAGUCUGUGCGCGUUCAUCGCGCACGCGUUAAGCCCGCGCGGGGUGUGUUUGCUCGCGGCGAAGAGUUAUUACUUCGGCGUCGGCGGUGGUACGAACGCGUUCGCGUCGUACUGCGAGACGUACUUCGGCGCGCUCCGCGUCGAGCGCGUGAAGACGAUUUCGGACGGCAAGUCGAACGUGCGCGAAAUCUUAGCGAUUAGAAAGAUUAGUGAACAAUAGGGAUUAAUAAUUAACACACACACACACAUCUGGAAUG